AUGUUACAAUUUGGAAGUAAAUCAUUUGACAUAUUUCAUGAAGAUCAAUCUGAUGAAUAUCGUUUAUUGUCAUAUUUAUCUUUACCGAAUUUGAAUGAAACAUAUUUUUUAUAUAAUUCAGAAUGUUCACAUCAAAUGCAAUCAACUGAUCAAAUUAGAAUUCAAACAUGUAGUCAAAUGUUAGUGCGUAAAUCUGAACAACCAUCGGUUGGCAAAAACAAAACUAGACAUUUGUCAAAAUCAUUUACAUUAUUAUCAUCGAAUAAACUUUAUAGCAAUGGCAGUAGUAGUUUGCAAAAUAUUACAUCAUUAUAUAAACAUAGAAAUAGUCGAAGUGUUUGCUUAUCGUUGUUUACACCGUUUGAUUUAAAAUCUGAAUGUGCAAUCAGUUUACCUGAACAAAAAAGUCAACUAUCAUUUGAUGAAAAUCAAUUGUUAAAUAAAAAUAAACAUAUGGAAGAAUUUGAAGUAUCGUCUCCUCUGUGUAUAAAUUGUGAUUCUGAAAUACAGAAAUCAUCUGUGUAUCUUGAAAAUCAACGAAAUGUCAGUGAUUCGCAACUCCUUAAAACAUUGCAUCAAACUGAUUCUAAAACCGCCAAUUCCAAAUAUGAACAUACCAUGAACAAUUUCAACAGUCAUCAUAGUUUAGAAAUUGAAAAAAAAACAAAAUCUUCCAAUGUUUACGGAUUACAUUCUUCACAUUUCAUCCCUCACAUAUUAUGUAGUUAUUUUCAUGAACAGCAUAAAAAAUUAGAGAUGCAUAAAAAACGUCGAAAAACUUGUUUUGAUCAAUCAAAUACAAACAAUGUAAACACAACUACAAGCAACACAGAUCAAAACCAAUCGGUUAAAAUGCAUUUCCUACGACAUUUUUCAUUUAUUAAUCAUGAUAGAAAAUUAUCACCACAUUCAAAUAAUUCACAUUUGAAAACAUCCCUUGAAAAUAAUAAUAAUAAUAAUAGUGAAAAUGUUUGUCAUACAACAGAGUUAGCAGCACUACUGGAUAGAACGCCAAGAUUAGAAAGAAAAUUAAGUAGACUAGCAAUCGGUGUACGUGAUAAAAUAACAACACUCUAUCGUUCUCAUAGUUCAGUUGCAACUAAUCCAUACACAACUGAUUUCGUUGUUUCAAACAAUAGAGUAUUUUUGGAAAAAUUAUUUCGUUCUGGUGGACCAACUAGAGAAGAUGUAGAAGAUUGGGCGCGUUCAUUUGAAGCCGUAUUAAGGAAUAAAUAUGGUGUUCUUGUGUUUAGAGAAUUUUUACGCACGGAAUUCAGUGAUGAGAAUAUACGUUUUUGGUUAAUUUGUGAAGAAUAUCGUAAUAAAUCUGGUACAAAAAAUAUGCAACGUAAAGCAUUCAAAAUUUUCAACGAGUAUGUAGCAGUUCAAGCUGUAAGAGAAGUAAACUUAGAUUCUAAUACCAGAUUACAAACGGAAAAAGAACUUGAAUCAGCUAACAAAAAUACAUUUGAUCAAUGUCAACGUAGAAUUCAGUCACUGAUGGAAAAAGAUUCUUAUCGUAGAUUUUUACGAUCUGAUUUAUACUUAACAGCAGUGGAAAUGAGCAAGAUCAGAGAAUGUAAUAGAUCAUCGAAUAAAGUUGGUCGACAUUCUGUGAUCGAUUUCAGAGCAAUUAAACAUGCGUUUACUACAACUAAGCAUACUUCUGCACCAUCAACCAUUAUAUCAUCGACUAAAACAAAUACAGACGGCUCCAGUUGUUCAAUGACAAAUCUUGUCAGUGGAAACAUUUCAACUAGGAUGAAUGAGAAAUAAAAUGAAAAAUGAUAUUCUAGUACCUUUUUAUGUAAAAAAAAAUUCAACCACUUACAUUGGAGUAAAUUCCAUUUGACUAUAAACAAAUAUAUUAUUGACAAAUUCCAGAUAUAUAUAUUGAUAAUGAGAACAAAAUGAUCACAUUUUAGACUUUUUCAUUUCAACAAUAUACUAUUAUUCAACGUUAACAAUAUGUAAAUGGAAGGUAACUUUGAAAAUUAAAAAUGUAAG